GCAGUACGAAGGAUGACUAAGGACGGACCGAGCGAAGUAUCCUGGUUGAGAUUUGGAGACUAAGAGCAAAGUACCCAAAUGUCGGACACUUAAACAUAAUUGGACUAAAACGGUUUGUUUUGAUUGUUUUUAAUCGCCACGUCCACCGCGAUGUUCGAAGCGAGGCUUCGCCGCGCAGCUCAGGGAGGUGGGCGGCGUGGCCGAGCUUCACGGGCACCGCUGCCGCUACUCGCUAGCCAAUCUGGCCUGGCUUGAAUCCACACUGACACAGCCACAGGCACAGCCGGCACAGGCCACUGCACUCCACACCGCACCACGGCCAGUAGUCGGGCCAGGCCGGCUUUUGUAACUUAAACUUACAAUAACAUUCACUAAAUCAAACAUGCAAAGGAUUACAAUAGACUGGCCGAAACAAGAAUUGUUCGUAAUGAUAUUUUUACCUAGUAUUUCCAAAUGAAAAGCUACCUCCACUGGCACUGGUUCCUGUUGAUCCAAAUUUAAAGCCGCCGCUACCCGCCAUCUUGAUGAAUUCGGUUUCCUCAAAAAGUGGUUUACAAACUUGUUUGUCAAAUGCAAUCGAUAUUUGGAAGUCGUCAUACAUAUACAUACGUGUGUAGUGCCAACGUUGUGUAGUGCGAAUGUGUGUCAACUCCGGAUCGGAUCACUGAAUUCUUUACCGGUCUCAGAUACCGUACCGGCUUCCAGCGAAAUAGCUUGCUCGAGUUGCAGAAGACUGAGUGACAGACAUCAGUGAUGGCGAAACUGAAGCUGACGGAUGCUGACGACACACAUCGCCUCAACUUGGCCUACCAAGACAUGAAAGAACUUCCAGACAACAUUAUUCUUCAUUAUUCUAAGACAACAUUUGUUUUAGACCUGAGCCAUAACAAGUUUUCAGAGCUAAGGACAUUGGAGAGCUUUGACAAUAUUCACACACUGAUCUUGGAUAACAAUGAGAUAAAGUCACAUACAAAGUUCCCUCCAAUGCCCUGCUUACAUACCCUGUGGGUCAAUCGUAAUAACAUCACCAACUUAACAACAUUUGUUGAGACCUUGGCCCAGAACUUUCCCAAGCUGAAGUUUCUUAGCAUGAUGAAUAACCCUGCUGCACCAAGCUUCUUCAAUGGAGGCACUUUUCAACAGUUUCAAGACUAUAGGCAGUAUGUGAUCAGUCAGCUUCCUGUACUUGAGACAUUAGAUGAUCAACCAGUCACUUGGGAUGAGAGACAGGAAGCUGAAAGGAUAUAUAAACAAAUGUUCACCACAAAACAAAGAACAAAGAAGAAAACUCCUGAUAGGAAAUCCAAGCCAAGGCGGCAUUCAUCCAGUCGCAAGAGCAUGGAGGAGGAGACUACUGGUGCAAUAGACACUUUACCUGAUCUUCCAGAUCUUACUGGAGAAACAUGAUGCCAUGGAAACCAUCUUUAUUUCAGCAUUCAAAUACACAAACGAAGGAACCACUGUCGAGUAGUUGUAAUGAAAGGAUGCAAAGGUGGUGCUUUUUACAAGAGACUGUUGUUCAUCUAUCAACUCCAGGUUGCCAAGCUCAACACUGUCUUCCAGCUUUUGUUUGUAAAUCAGAACAAUAUAUUGUAAGCAGAAUCCAAUUCUUAUUUCAUUGCAUUUCACCUAUCACAAGAGCACACCUGCAUUAUAAUAUAUUUGCCAUCUGAUAUAGUCUGCAGGCACAGACCCUAAUUGACACUUUAACUAACAGUCUAGCAUAAGUUUGAUGGCAUGAGGCAUCAAUGUGGCAUGAACCAAGUGUACUGCACUCUCAUUUAGCCCAGGGAGUCUGAACAAUUCAGACAACUUUAGAAUGUUUCAACUUACCAGGUUUUGUUCCUGCAUUCCAAUUCUGAUACAAGUAUAAGUAAUCGCAUUGUUCAGUAUUCAACUUUCCAAAAAAUAUGAAAAGUCAUUGUUUUCAGACAUUUCACACUGCCUCAAAAAACAAAGAUAUGGUGUGCUAACCAUGUGAAAAUCUAUAUACCGGUAUGUUUAAUGGUACAACUUAUUGUGAAUGUAAUUUUGUUUAGUAGAUUUUGCACAAUACUCUUUAUAUGUACACUCAUUACUACCAUACAUUAAUACCAUUAUGGAGCAAUGAUUUGACUGGAUUGAGGCUAAAACUUUUUUUUUAUGAUACAUGGUUUUUCUUCUAUUUUUUCCUUGAAAAAUAUGUAUACUUAAUGCAUAGUUUUAUAAUUUCUUCAACAUAUGAUAUUUAAUUUAUGAUAUGUAACCUCUGUCAUCUAGGCCUAUACAUGCCAGUCUACUGAAUCCUGUUAUGACAAAGAAUCAAUUCAAAUGAUUGUAUUUUUUUAUUUUCUGUGAAGACAUUUUUGUGAAGAAGUAAAUUAUAAACAAAUAUAUAGUGUACUCGAACUACUCAUAUUUUUGAAAAUUAUUGUCAGUACUUACGUGUAUCUUGAACAGUAUUGAUGAUUUAUCAAGUAAAUCUAAGAAAAAUCUUGCCAUUUUUUAUUGGUUUGGAUCUGAACCUACAAGCUUAUAAUAUAGACCGAUGAAGUACUAUUUUCUUUUAGGCGUACAGCUAGUGAAAUGAGUUAAAUAAUAAUAUUAGUUAAUAAGUUAAAUAGAGCUAGUUGAAAUAGUGAUUUCUCGUUUACUGCAAAAAGGAAUGUCAAUCUGAUGUACAGUACAUAAUUAUCUCCAUUUAGUCUAAUUCAUUGAAAUGUCAUCUGUCAUCAAGCUACUUUUAAUAAGAAAAUGACAAUAUUUUAGGUCUCAGUGAUCUCAGUUUUUCAAAAAGUCUUAUUUUUUCAAUUCUUAUUUUUCUUAUUGUUAGAUCAGAUUUUGGCCAAAUUAAAUCAUCAGUGCACUAGUGUUUAUUACUAAAUAUUUUUGUAGUUUAUAUGGGGCAUGUUUGUGGCAAUUAAGAAGUAAAGCUGUAUUGAACAUAUAUGCACCUGUUGCAGGAAAGCUCUGAUAAUAAUUUGGAGAAUUAAUGAUAUGAUUCAUUGUGAUUUGGUAGCUUCACUGUCUGAUUGUCAACCUCUAGAGAAUGCUUUAAGAUAGAGAUGUCUUAAGUUUAAUGACAUAAUCUUGAAGACUGGUUCGGGAUUUACAGACCUGCCAACCAGUACGUUUUAGCCGUAUUUAGUACGUUUUUGCAACCAAAAUACGGCAGUACGUUUUUUUCUUUAAAAAAUAUGUUUUUUAAAUCGUAAUUUAUUGAGAAAAAUCAUCUCUAUAUGUCUCUAUUUUAUAAAACGUACACAAAUAUGGUUAUUAGAUCAAUGUAAUUUCAGGUAACUUGUUUUUUUUUCAAUCAUUUUGUAAAAACCAGGAAGAGAUAUACACAAGUUUCAAUGGUUUUUUUUUCAUCUGCAAGAGCAGUGCGCAUUUUAGCUUGCAUGCAGCUUGAGCGCCGUGAUGGGCGAGUGCGCCAAGCAAUUUAUUAUGAAA